CGUGCCCUAAUUUGUUUAUCCGAUUCAAUCCACAAUACACUAUUUUGUUUUUUUUGUUUGAUUGCGUAUUUUGAAUUUGUGGGUCAACAUUUUCGUCUUUUAUUUUUUCUCUGUGUUUGUUUUCGGGCCACAGCAGCAAGAAGAGGAAAUCUUUAUUUCUCUCCCGAUUUUCAUUUUGUUUUCCAGCAGUCGUUUUUUUUUUUUCUGGAAAAUUUAUUAUUUCUUCGAGUUGUUUUUUUUUUGGUUUCUUCUGGGUAACUAAAUCAUGCAGAGGAUCGUCGACAACGCUCUCGCUGUCACAAAAGAUGCAGGUCAGUGAAAACUUUGACUUACGAGUCCUUGAACAACAUUGCAAGAUGCAUAAAUGGAGUUUCUGCACUUCUCUUGACUCUUCUUCCUGGAAAGGCCAAUGUUCUUGAAGGUCUUCAUGGAUGGGAACUAAGGCCUACAUUACGUGGACCUCGUUUACCACGUUGGAUGCAUAAUGGAGUCUCUUCUUUUAACCAAUUCAUUCACGAACUCUCUGUGGAUUCUGACACUUCAAGCUUGGAUUAUUCCUCUGGAGAAGAUAGUGAUGAUGGCAUGUCGACGCCUCCAUCACCGUUGUCUCAAAGCUCGCUCCGCUCUUGGGCCAGUCUUCCUGCAAACUACGAAAGCCAUUGGACAGAAUGGAUCACGUCCAUAGUCUGGUGGGUUUUACUACCCGCCCGGAUCCUUCUAUGGGUACCGUUAUAUCUCUUAGGUCUAUUUGGUAGACGAAACUCAAGAGUGUCGCCUAUGAGCCCUGGAAGGUACAGAUAUUCUUCUAGACCUUAUUUUAGCAAAGCUGGCCCAGGGAAAGAGCAUGAUGUCCCUAACCGAACUACUGAUAGAAGACGUGGUGUCAUUGAGGAUCUUCAGCUUGGUAUCGAGAUCUUUAUAGAAGCAAUAUUUGAUUUUUUUCACAAGGCGGCGCAUCUUCUUCUUUCUCCAUCGGAGGCUUUUGGAAUAUUUCUAUCAUGGUUGUCUUACUCUAGUCACAGUCACAGUAUCAAAAGAAACUACGAUUACGUUUUGGAUGAUGAAACCGCGCAGACUGCCACACUAGGAGAUAACGAUCCAUCUCCCAAAGAAAGAACCACGACGAGCUUAUACAAUACAGAUACUCGAACUUGUCAAGAUGUCAUAACAGAGCUUGGGUAUCCAUAUGAAGCUAUUCGUGUUGUUACAUCUGAUGGAUAUGGUCUUCUUCUGGAAAGGAUACCGAGACGAGAUGCAAGGAAAGCUGUUUUCUUGCAGCAUGGUGUUUUGGAUUCUUCAAUGGGAUGGGUAUCAAAUGGGGUUGUUGGAUCUCCGGCUUUUGCUGCUUAUGAUCAAGGCUACGAUGUUUACCUAGGGAAUUUCCGCGGUUUAGUAUCAAGAGAUCAUGUGAACAAAAACAUUUCCUCAAAAGAUUUCUGGAGUUACUCCGUUAAUGAGCAUGCAACAGAGGAUAUCCCCGCAAUGAUAGAGAAGAUUCACGACAUCAAAACUUCAGAACUGAAACUCUACCAGCCUAAUAUCGAAGAGGCGGUAAACGAGGAGCAACCUUAUAAGCUAUGCGUUCUCUCUCACAGUCUAGGCGGGGCUGCGGUUCUGAUGUAUGUAAUCACUCGUAAAGUCGAAGAGAAACCGCACAGACUCUCAAGACUGAUCCUGCUUUCGCCUGCCGGGUUUCAUGAAGACUCCAACUUGUGUUUCACGUUAAUAGAGCACACGUUUCUUCUCUUGGGUCCUGUACUAGGCCGGAUUGUUCCGGCUUUCUACAUCCCCACUAGGUUCUUCCGGAUGCUUCUCAACAAGUUAGCUCGAGAUUUCCAUAACUAUCCUGCUGUUGGUGGCUUGGUCCAAACAUUGAUGAGCUAUGUAGUUGGUGGAGAUAGCUCGAACUGGCUUGGAGUCAUGGGUUUGCCUCACUAUAACAUGAACGAUAUGCCGGCUACAUCCUUCCGCGUGGCUCUGCAUCUUGCUCAGAUAAAACGUUGCGGUAAGUUUAGAAUGUUUGAUUAUGGUAGCAUUCAAGCUAAUAUGGAGGUUUACGGGUCUCCUGAGCCGCUUGAUCUUGGAGAGUUUUACGGGCUGAUCGAUGUCCCUGUGGAUUUAGUAGCCGGAAAGAAAGAUAAAGUGAUUAGAUCUUCAAUGGUUAGGAAACAUUACAGGGUGAUGAGAGAUUCAGGGGUUGAUGUUUCUUACAGAGAGUUUGAGUAUGCUCAUUUGGAUUUUACCUUCUCUCACCGCGAAGAGCUUCUGGCUUAUGUGAUGUCGCGGUUGCUGCUAGUGGAGCCGACACAGACUCAGCAGGUUCAUAAGAAAGGGAUGAAGCUGAAGAAGAAAAUGGAAACAUCCAAACCUCAACUAUGAACUAUGGAAAAUAGGCUUUUACGGAGUUUCUGGUGUCUUGUUUGUAUUGUUUUUUGUUCAUGAGAUUGGCUUAGAAAAGUGUAUAUUACAGGUAUGUUCUUCUGUAUUCUAUAAAUGUCAGUGUCACUUUCUGUGAGAAGUAAAUCAAGUCGUGGACGGACUUAUGGAAGCAGAACUUAGUAGACUGAAUUAUCCACAGAAAAAAAAAAGUAGAGAUAAAUAC